AUGUCUAGCACGUCCAGAAAACGGCGGAUUUUUUUUUCGAUAGCUUUAAGUUCAUCGACACCGGUGCUUUUUUUGACUAAUCUACAGGCGAAUGAUAAAGUUGGACCAUAUAUUUUUCAACUGGAAGUUACAGAUGGUAAACGACAGAAUGAUUCGACAACCGUAGAUAUUUUAGUGAACAAAGCUGUCAAUUCUGUUCCAGUACCGUACGCUGGUGGAAACCAAACGAUUCAACUGCCAGCAGAAUCAGUGGUUCUUGAUGGGAAUGUCAGAGAUGAUGGACAAAUUCUAUCUUAUAAUUGGACUCAAAUAAGUGGACCGAAUAUGCUGAAAAUCGUUAAUCGGGAUAGAUCGAAGUGUACGCUAUCUGGAUUUCAAGAGGGAGUUUAUCGUUUUCGUUUGAAUGUUACUGACGAUGGCGGUCUUUGGGGCUCAGAUGACGCUUACAUUAUUCUUAUCAGGAGCAAAAAUGAAGCACCGAUAGCAAAGGCGAAAGAUUUAACCAUUACUCUGCCAGCAAGUGUAGCGUUCCUGAAUGGAAGUGAAUCCUCAGAUGAUGCCGGAAUAGUUCGAUGGCUCUGGACCGCUCACGAUGACGUUCCUGCUUGUAUUACAUUCCUGGGCAAUUCGAAAGUAGAAUCAGUGGCGAUACUAACUGGUUUAGUUCGAGGCAUAUAUUUAUUUGAUUUAACAGUUUGGGAUCAUUCGGGUGCGAUGAAUGCAACAACUGUUACGUUAACUAUUUCUGUAGGCGUUCCACAUUUGCAGUCGGUGGAAGUGUACCUGAAAAAACAGUUUAAUGAAUUUACAUAUCGUAUAAAAAAUAAAUUUGAAGAACGGCUCAGUGCAACUCUUUCAUCGCAGAUAGAAGAAGCAAAGAAUGUAAUUGUCCUAUUUUCAUCGAUUGAUGAAGAUUCUAGCACAGGCCGAAUACGGAUCGUUUUCCGAGCUAAUUGUGUUAAUAUCGCAUUUCCUUCAAAGUCAAAUAUAGAAACAAUCCCACAGCCGAAGGAUGAAAAAGUAACAGUUAUAGAAGCAUGGAAAAUUGUUAAGAUUUUACGUUCAGAAACGACUAUGAUGACAGGAUUUAGUAUUGAUUCAGUUAAUGCUUUAUGUAAUAAUCAUCAUCGAAAGAGAAGACGUUUGCGUAAAGCAGUCAAUCCUGAAAGGAGAUUGAAUGAAACUAAAUCUAACGGAUAUGUCAAAGGCAACAGGGAUAGCUCAUCCUACGCGUUACUGCUGGCUGGAGAAAGUUCAAGUUCGGAAUCAAAAACAAGCAAAUCAUCGAAGAAAUCAAAUUCAAGCACUCGAUGGUUUACUUCGAAUACUCAACGUUCCACUGCUGCAUCUUUUAAUUUCGCUUGA